ACCGCACCUGACAUUACACACGCACCUUCUGACAGUUGUCCUCUAAAUCUAAACAUUAAAAAGUGCCAGAUAUUACUGUAACCAAAACUAACAGUAAUACAAGCGUAAGUUAAAUUGAAUGUAGUGUCCGACGAGGUGGAGAUGACUGCUCGAGGAACACCGAGUCGUUUCUUACAGAGUGUUCUUCACAAUGGAGUGGGUCGUUACGUGUGUCAGCUGAAGCGAAUAUCUCUGAUCUUCUCCAAGAAAGGACAGGGUUCUUUAGGAGUCAGGGAUUUCAUUGAGGAAGGUGUGGUGGACUUUGCCAAGAAGAACCCAGGGACUGUGGUUUACAUCUCGCCUCAGUCCUGCAGAAUUCCAAAAAUAGUAGCUGAAUAUUUGAACGGCAAUGUGAAGGAGGAAACCGUCACCAACAGAACAUCACAGCAGAUUACUGAACUUAUUACUAAGCUGUCCGACCAGUCAGGACUGGACAUUAUCCGCAUUCGUAAACCCUUCCACACAGACAGCCCUAGUAUCCAGGGCCAGUGGCACCCUUUUACAAAUCGACCCCCCAGUAUAGAUCCAGUUGGCCCCCAAUCAAAAUAGGAACAAUGUAUUUAAAUCCUGACAUUUUGGAUGAGCUGUAAUAGUGUGAACAUCCUCUGGCACAGCACCAAAAUCAGCAUACAUUUGUUCAUACUUCGAUGAUUUAAGUAUUUACAACAGGGAUCCCGAGCUGCACUUUUAAAGGGAUAGUUCACCCCAAAAUGGAAAUUCUGUCAUCAUUAACUAACUCUCAGGUUGUUCCAACCCCAUUUGACUCUUUGCUGUGGAAAACAAAAGGAGAUGACAGAAUUUGACUUUUUAGCUGAACUAAACCUUUAAGAUGAGACUUCUGUUCAAUGAAUUAAGAUAAGUUACUCAUAUCUUGAUGAAAUUAUGCUUAUUUAAUGGGUUUUUGACAAUUCUGUUGGCAGUAAUUGCUUGUAAGAUUGCUAUCGAUUGAAAAAUAACUUUUUCGUUUUGGAAAUAAAGUUCUGAACUGAAGCUACUAU